AUGCCGCCGGAGGGCAUCGCUCGCAUCGCCGACACCUUGCAGAAGCGGACUUACCAGCCCAAGGAGGACAUCAUCCGGCAGCAUGAGGAGGGCAAGGAGUUCUUCAUCAUGCUCUCGGGCGUGGCACGGGUAUGGGUCCGAACAGGCAACGACGAGCAGGAAUACAAGCGCUACAAGGCGGGAGAUCUCUUCGGAGAGCUCGCGCUGCUGAAGAACGCCCCGCGGGCGGCCUUCGUCUCUGCGGUCACCAGCGUCGAGGUGCUGGCCCUGACCCGGAAGCAGUUCGAAAGGCUUUUCGGGCCAAUGACGGACCUGCAACAACAGCAGUACCUGACGGAUCCCAGGAAGCUCAUUGCAGACUUCUACAUGGCCGGGGACGCUCGAGGACCCCGCGGCAGUCUGAAGCUGCAUCAGUUGGCGCCAGAUGCCAAAGCUCACGGCGAGAGCACCUGGCCUUCCGCCCAGCUAUCAGGGUUUGCGGUGUACCGGCCUACCAGCAAGGACGCCAUUGCCAAGAUGCUGUCUGGGGUCGCGGUGGGCAAAGGCUUGAACGUGAAGGGCAAGUCCGCGAAGAAGGGAGCCCGGGUGCUCUCUGGCUUCGUGCCCUUUAUCCAGAUCUCGGACAACGACCACCGGUCCAUCAUCGAGCAGUCUCCGCGCGAGUCGCGGGUGACUGUCUACUACAAGACCAAGGCCUCGCGGCAGGAGGCGCAGAAGCUCCUCCAGGCGGCCUUGGAAGACACGAGCUUGGACAUCGAGGACCGGUCCCUUCGUCUCGUCGACGACUUCCAGCCCGAGAGUUGGGGCCUGGACCUGCCAGAGCCGCUGAUCCGCGAAAUGUACAUCGUGCGAUCGGACCUGACGCCGGUCAUGGGUUGGGAGACCGGGAGGCGUUCGGAGCCAGCUUUCAUGGACAUGAAUUUGCACGCCAUCCGCGGGAAAUCCGAGCCCCAGGUGGUCCUGUACCAGUACGACGAGAGCGACCCGAUGAAUCCUCGUGGUUUGCUCAUCGCGUAUGCAGAGGCCCACGUGAAGCCGGUGGUUUCGGACUUCGACACCUUCACGGUUGGCAGUCGAGGCAUGCGCUACAGCCAGCUGCCAGCGGAUCAGGCCAAGCUCAUCACGUGGCUGCUGCAACGGACGCAAGAAAUCCUGGGGUCCCUGGACCACAACCCCUGGACUUCUCGGUGGCUGGAGGUCUUGAAGAAGGAGAACGAGAAGGAGGACGGGGUCCACCCAGAGCUGCCCAAGUUCGGCUUCGGGGAUCCCACCUCGUACCAGCUCAUAGCUGACGUCGUGGCAGAGACUGCCCCUUGUGGUGCUGUCCGCCACGGUGCCGAGUGUAGCAACUUCUACUUCCCCCAGGCCGGGCUGCCGCGGGCCGCCGCGGGCCGUGCUCUCCCAGCUGAGCUCCAAAGCGCUUUCGCGACUCGGCGUUCGCAGGAGCUGGACGACGAGUUCCUGGUGGUUUGGCACGGCUUCAACGAGAUGCAUGGCAAGCCUUGGGAUUACAAGGACGAGUCCAGCCUGCGAGCCUUCCUGCUAGAGCGCAUCGCCGAGGGCUACUCCUUCCCCUUGAACCCGGUCUGGCCCCUGCGGGACAAGGGCUGGUUCGAGGUCUUCCAGGCUUUGAACGCCUCGGAGCAUGGGGCCCAGGACCUUCAGUCCUGGUUCCCAGCCGAGCUGGACUACACGAACACCAUCGAGCGGCUACACGCCAAGUUUCCAGAGGGUUUUCGCCUCGUCCAGAAGU